AUGAAGACAUCGGCAGUGUUGAACUUUAGAAAUACGGCACUGGCAAGCCUUCGAAGACCUUGGAAAACAUAUAGAGACGGCACAUUGUUUUAUGGUAGUAGCAAAACGGGUAAUAAGAGGCUUCCAUUAACAGGAAAGCAGGGAAAUAAGAAUUUCUACAAAGGUACCAGAUCAUCAGGUAUAGGUCAUCUAAACAAGCGAGGCAAAUACAAAAUUAACUACGAUAAGGUGAGAACAUUUGUCGUUCCAGAGACACUAGAUGAAUGUGUUUUGAAACCUCUAGUUAGUAAGAAUGUGCCAAUUCCAAAAGAUUCCUUCAAGGGAUACAAACUAGGUGCUGUUGACGGGAAACUAUAUUUGGACAAAGUGAAGGAAUUCGUUGAAACGGGUGAAGUGAAGUUCCCUAUUUCGGAAACGUAUGUGGAGAGAGGUUAG